AUGCCACGUAGCAAUGAACUCAAGGCUAUUAACGCCAUUUUGAAUGCGCUUGAUGCUCGCCUAGAGGUGGUUGAAGUUAAGCAGCGGGAGAUGCUCCUUCGUAUUGACACAAUGCUCAUUGAAACGUCGCUUCAUGACAUGGGUGUGUCCCCAGAACAAAUUGAGGCUGUCACCGAUUUCUCUGAAUGGCUCAAGAGGAAGGUGGAGCGACAGGAUACACGAAAGGUGCGGGAUGCGAUGAAGGAUGCCCACAAGCAUUUGUGCACCCUAGACUACGAACUGGUGGCCCUCAUUGCAGACGACAUACUCAAAAUUGUUCACUAUGGGGUGUGGAAGAGUGAAGGACGAACAAAGUACUUUGAGCUGUUCCAUGAGGGCGAGGACGACGAUGAGAUUCCAUUCUAA